AUGAGCGAGGCUCCCGUCGCGCCGCCGGCGCUGCCUACGACUGUUGCUGCUGGUGCUGGUGCUGGUGCCGCUGUGCCUAACCAUGCCACGCCGGCCGCCGAAAGCCCGCCGCGACUACGCGCCGCAUCGGCCCCUCGAGAGCGCAAGCGCAAACGUCGAAAGAUUGCCGUAGAUCGAGACGAUGCUUCCUCGGCGACAACCACGGCGCAGACAAAGGUUGAGAUAGGCCAUGAUAUCGCCGGCUUGGUCGCUCCUCGACGCUCGAACUGGGAUUCGAGCCUUUUAUCGUGGGACCAGCGCCGCCCCCUCGCUGCCGAAGCUCAUCCGCCUGCCCCUUCAGAAGCCUCCGCUGGUGCCCGGACAUCCGCCCAAAACCAAACACCACCAACGUCUGCCUUCCACGAGUCGGACGGUCCUCCGCUAUAUCCGACAACAUCUUCAUCGGGACCACCCCGGCAGUCGCAGCCCCAGGACUCGCGUGCGUAUGGACCCAGCACGCCGAAUUCGACAUUUCUCGGCCGCUCAGAGUACAUCCGGGCCGAGAUUCCAUUCAAUGAAUAUCGAGGCAAGCCAUAUUCUGCAGUAACAACGGAGUAUCUCACCGAGGAAGACCUUCGGAUUCUGCACCUGCAGCAUGCCUUUGAUCUACCCCCACGCGCCGUCAGAGACGGGCUAAUAGAUACAUUCAUGAAGCGAUGUGCGCCGUGGAUGCCCAUUGUUGAACGAAGCUGGCUGACGGAACGAAGUGGACAUCAGCCGUCCAUACUACUGCUGCAGGCUAUUUUUUUGGCCGCGAGCCGGGUGUCCUCUGCGCCUGCAGUGACGGCGUACGCCUCGUCAAAUGAUUUCUAUCGUCGGGCGAGAGCGUUGUUCUGGUCAGGAUAUGAGAAAAACACAAUUACUGUUAUUACUUCGGUGUGUAUCUUACAUUGGUAUAACCCCGAGGGGCCGGAGCAUGUUUCUAUCAAUACGAGUGGCUUCUGGAACCGCAUUGGAGUGGGCUUAGCGUAUCAAAUUGGGUUGCAUAAGGAGCCGCCCCCGGGCCGAGACGCUCUGCUGAAGAAGAGGCUGUGGUGGACGUUAUAUGCCCGGGAUUGUUUAAUCUCGGCGGGGCAUGGGCGUCCACGUGCUAUCAACCCAGAUGACAGCGACGUCAAACCCUUGACAUUGGAAGACUUCUACGGGAGCUCUUCGAAUGGACAGCUGUUUGUUCCCUACGUGGAGAUCUCGGCCCUCUUGGGAGAGCUCACACAAUGCUAUUGCCGGCGUAGUUUAUCCCGACAAAAACGAGUUUCCAUCGAAAACGCGCUCUAUCGAUGGACUCGAGAAUUGCCAGAGCCUCUUCGUCUGUUUCGAAAAUAUAACCCUGCCGGGGAUGCUCCGGCACACAGGCUCGUAUUAAUGCCGUACGAUUUUGAGGCCCGGCAGCUGCACGUACCAUACUUCAUCACCCUCGCCAUUCUUUAUCGGCCCACAUCACCAUCUAACCUCCCAUCCGCGGCUGCCAUUCUCGCAUCUUCGUUCAUCGCCGGCAUCUUUGAAGAUUUAGCAGCCCGUGACGAGAUUCGCUUUCUUGGGCCAGUAUUCACAUUCUAUCUCCUGGCUGCCGGUGUCGGCUUAUUGUCGUGUUUCCCGUAUCCCCAUCUCUGGGAACGAGCGGAGCAGGAUCUCCGUAUUAUUUAUAAUUCGCAGAAAGAGCUGGCGAAGCGGUAUCCUUCGGCGAUAGGCAGUCUAAAGGCAUUGCAGAGUAUGCUGGAUGAUGCACCCAAGGUCGCCAGGCCGUCGGAUCGCCCGCAGCCGACACCCUUGACCCCAGACCAACAGGCAUGCUUUAGUGGCUUUGGGACAGACCUGUGUCGAUUGGGGGACGUUAUGUUAGCCAACUAUCCGCACGAUAUGGCGGACUCUGGCCGGCCAGAGGACGACCAGUAUGCACGAACGGUUUCAGAUAUGAUGACUGCCGGUAUUUUAGCAGAACUGAAGACACCAAUGGACGCUGCUGCUGCGUUGGACGAAUACCUGCCACUCGCAACGGUGGUCGACCACAACACCCACCUUGCCCUGGGCGGGGAUGCGGCGGAGAUCACAGAUGAGAUGAUGUAUAACCAGUACGACGGCAUUGGCAACUGGCUGCUCCGCGACUGGGAUUGGAACACCGACUUUGCGUGGUGA